CCCGACCUACUAUAGUUACCUACAUCCUACUCCUUCAUCACAUCAAACUCGCCACUACGACUUCGAGCACAUUCUCAACUUGCGCGCGUGAGGAGUGCAGUCCUUCCACAGUACGAGAUGGCCUUCAUAUUCACGUGUGGAACACACACGUUUCAAUCCCUACUGAAGGGCUACGAAAACAUCACAGUCCAAUGCCAGAACUGUGGCAAUUUCUCCGGCAAGGUCGUCAAGAGAUGGGAAUGGUUUACCUUCUGUUUCGUUCCGAUCAUACCAUUUAGCUUGAAGCCCUGGCACGCAGUGAACUGCCACAUUUGCCAGUUCAAGCAGGACAUCAAAUAUCGGCCGGAUGUACAACAGCAGAUGCAGCAGAUCGAUCAGGGAGGUGUGCCGAUGAACAAUCAACAACCGCAAGGUGCGCAGGCAGGAGGAGCAAACCAGGGCUGGAACAGCGGGAACCCGUAUGGACAAGCAGAUCAAGCGGCGAUGAGUGGCGGCGCUGGAGGUGGCGGAGGACCCGGGCAGUAUCAGCCGCCGGUAGGUCAGCCUCCGCAGUAUAAGUAAAGAGAUCGCAAUCGACGGAAUGGCGGCGGGGUGGAAGAGCGAGGUUUAUGUUUUGAGAUACCAUACCACGGCUUCAUGAGACGGAAUUCGAGUAUAUGCGGUUCUCUUCUUCCAGCCAGUCUCUCCUGCUGGCCCGCGGCUCAGUAGCAUACCCAUGGACUGAAGCAUGCGUCACCCGAAGACUCUGCAUGCGUCGACAGCAUACAACUGGCCUGAUGCCACAUCAAAAUCCAAGACGGUGCGGUCUUACGCCUGCUGUGUGAGCGCUCUGAACUUGGGGGCGAGGGAGCUAGCUCAAUGCCAAACUGGACGACGAAAGUUGCCGUGAUGGGAAUCGAUCCCGUCGUCCACCGUCCAGGCGCUAUGGAUAGCGAAGCAGAAUUCCAGUGAGAUCGGUGUCGCUAAGCAGCCUGGGCUAUUGGUCUUGAUACGUCUUGAGAGAGGUUUGCAGUCUCAGCAUAGUCAGCUUCGCAGGCCAGUCCCGACUUCUCAUCAGCCUGCACGAGACGAGUCUGGACUGCCGCAAGGUGACUCUGUACGAAGAGCCGUGGAGUCACGUGAACGUCCCAAUAAUCGCCACUGUGACACACCUCCUUGCAUGACUGCUGCGAGCUCUUCUGCAACCUUAGCCUACCGAGAUGCAAUCUUGAAGUGCUUGCAGACAAAGAUCAGUCUUCGAGAAGUCGAACCGAACGUGGUCCGGACGAUGCUGCCCGUGUAUCUCUAUAACGCGGUCCAUCACAACAAUGCUCACAUUCCGUUGCUCACAAUAUCGCAUUCCAGCUCCCACGCCGAGUGUCUUGCCUGGAGAUUGCCACCACGCCGAGACUUUUCAGUAUCCCUUCCUCGAUUGACCUUUUUGCUAGGCGUUGCAACGUCACCUGCUGUGCCCUUGCACUCCGCUUUGAUGAGUCCGCCAGUCCGGUCUGCGCAAACUGACUGCUCACGCUGGUGGAUUCUGGAUCGUGCAAUCGGCACAGUAGCCGGCCCACCUUCUCACGCAUAAGCAGAGGAAGUGGCCGAGAUUGCCUGCGCUCCUGGGUUCCUGUUGGCGACACAAGGCUAGUCAGCGGCACCCUUUGCUAAGGUACUGUAGUCCAGUAUAUACUGGCUACUGCGUAGCAACGACAGCGUGAUGCACGAUCAUUCUCUUCCGUCUGGGAGGCACACUCUCCUUAAUAACACAAUUGAUCAUUCUCAUUCACCCAAGUCUCUCCCUCUCAGACAUAUCGUCCCUUUUCCCCAAUUCACAUAUCUAUCACGCUGCUCGACGAAUCACGGCCUAGCCGGGGGAGGCCCGUCAGACAUUCUUCACAUACAGCAUUCUUGUCCUGCGUUCCUCAUCGAUCAUGGCGGUACUGCUUCCUGCACCCGUGGUACCCUCCAACGCACCAUCUCACUCAGACGCCAUCCAUGGCCAGUCAUCAAGAGUCCUCCAAGAGCACUCUGGCAAUCGACAACAUGACUACUUCGCUGCGUCACUGGAACAGGAACAGAAGCUCCCGUCAGCAUGCCUUUCAGAGAAUGCUUAUGUGGCAUAUCAACACGACCCGAGGCCAGCACACGUGAGCCACCAGACACGAAUACAGCAUAAUCGUAGCCGAGACGCACAGCUUGGACACCGUCAUGGCCAGAGAGACCCCGAGCAGAUCAGAAGAGAGGCUAAAUAUCUUCUUGAGCGCUUCAAGGCCUCUGAAGCAUGGAGCAAAUAUCGUGAUCGUCAAGCGAAGAAGCCGUCAUCAGAUCAUGUGUGGCCCGAGGAGCUAGAGUGGGCUUUCUUCGAAGCAUUAGUCACCUGGCCGCCAAUGCGACGUCGCCAGAUCCAAUACAAGGAGAAGCGUCGCGGUCGGAACGAGCUGAUUGCGGAUUACAUCCAAGAGCACACUGGAGAGCGGCGUGACCGGAAGCAAGUUUCUAGCCAUAUUCAAGUCAUCAAACCCUUCGUCAGAGACGAUCCACACAUCAUGCGAUACCUCUCGAAAGAUGAUCUGAGCAACUAUGGCCACUCACAUAUGUACUAUACACAUAACCAUGGCCAGUACUCUACUGGAGGACGCAGAGCAUCU